AUGAGAUACUACUUCACACCCCCUAGGAUGGCUACUGGAGUCCUGGUUGUGCAGCAGCUAUGGCCAGCCCAGCAUCCCACAGGACAGGCCUUGGGUGAGUUCACUCACUCACGCCCAUCCCCUUCCCCUUGCUUUCCUUGUAGAGGAUCCUUCCUGGUGCUGCUGCUGAGGGAUUGCUUCCAGGACCUGAGCUGGCUGGCCACUGUCCACCACCUCUGUGGGGAGGUGGGGCUGCUGGUGACCAGUGUCAUCCCUCAGACCCCAUUCUUCUGGGCCAUGCCUGUCACUGAGAACUUGCAGCAGAACAUGGAGGUGCUGUUCAGCGCCCUGGCUGAGGCGGAGGAGCAGCAGCCCUACCUGGAUGCCUCAGCUGUGCAGCGCGGGACCCGCUGUCUGGCUGAGUACUACCUGGGCGACUACGGAUGGGCCUGGAACAGGUGCUGGGUGAUCGACCGGGUGGACGCCUGGGCGGUGGUGAUGUUCAUCGACUUUGGCCAGUCUGCCACCAUCCCGGUGCAGUCCCUGCGCAGCCUGGACAGCGACGACUUUUGGGCCAUCCCACCUCUGACUCAGCCCUUCAUGCUGGAGAAAGACAUUCUGAGUUCCCAUCAGGUUAUCCAUCGCAUCCUGAAAGGGAAAAUCACUGGCGCUUUGAACUUGGAGUUGCACAUCCUGAAGUUUCAAGAGUUUAAAUAGCAGGGCUACAAUCAGCUUGUCACCUCUUCUGUCCGCCUCAGGUCCAGAGCCGGCCUCGCUCGGCCCCUUUGUAUCCCUUUAGCGCUUGAGGCCCCGGGGAUGAAAAAGGCCAAACUGGUGCCCCAGAUGGAUUUGAUUCUCAUUUGUCUUCAUCUUUAGCUCACCACUCAAGGAGAGGGUGAAGUCUUAAUUUAUCAGCUUCCCCAAUUCAGCAUGGACGCUUGAACUAAACGUAGGGAGCUCCCAUUAGGCUGAAAGCCUCAGGCAGCCCCUGUGUUCCUCCCUGCAUCACUCAUUGGCACCCCAGAGCACAAUCUAAGCUGCCCUAAUGGAUUCUGGAUGGCACAGGAGCCCACUGCCUAGUUUUCCUGGUGUUGAACGUAGAACCAAGUAGAGAGCAUUAACCAGUGAGCCAUCACCUUGGCAAAUAAACGGUGUGUUUCACCAGUUUGGGGUGACUGAUACCUCUUUCUGGACCCUCGUCUGCAUCCCUGCCCUCUAAAACCCCUGCAGAGAGAUUGAGAAGCUGUUGUCUGCUUCAUCUGCUCAUUCAGCUCCCAGGCUGUGGGCUCUGGGCCAGGCACGCCCCGCCUGGGCUAGAGAUGCACUCCCGAGGUGUUGGGUAACGACUCUGCUUCAUCUCUCUUUGCCCUCUCAGUGGAGAGAAUAGGUUCACGGCAACAAUAUGGCCUUGAUUCUUCUUUUAUGCUUUGCAACUUUAUUAUAACUUUAAACUUAAGGUCAUAAAAGGGAGUAUUUGACAAGAAAAAUGGAGGGUUCUCUUGUUGGCGUUAGCUCGAGCUCGCAGGAGCUAGCAUUUUCCUUCACGUCAAGUGAAUGUGAACCCAAUUAUUUCUUUAAAUAAUUUUAUUAGAAGCCAGACUAUUUAAAUAAUUUUAUUUGUUUCAUCCUUUGGUAGAUGAGAAAAAUACAUUACAAAAUACAUUAUACAGAGGACAGCUCACAGUACACACUACUAAAAACACAAUCUGCAUUCCAGCCAGGGCUGGUGAUAAGUUCAGAAGGAAGCCAGAGGCCUUGAAAACCAGAUCUCGGCUCCAGGGAAUGAAUUCUCCCCUUGUGUCCCCUCUUUAUCCCAACCUCAGCACAUAUUAGCACUCCGAAUCUGGUGGGUGUGGAUAGAGCAGCAUUGAGGGGGACUGGCGAACCCUCUGUCCGCCAGCAAUAGCAAGAC